AUGCAAUUCCGAUUUAGGGCUAGUGAAGAUAGAGGAGGAGCAGAUCAUGGUUGGUUGAAAACAUUCCAUACAUUCUCUUUCGCGAACUACCAUGAUGGUGAAUUUGAGCGGUUCGGUGCUUUAAGAGUAAUCAAUGAAGAUCGAGUUGCUCCUCGAACAGGAUUUCCUACACAUCCGCAUAAAGAGUUUGAGAUAUUCUCAUACAUCAUUAGCGGAGAACUAUCACACAAAGAUUCGAUGGGAAAUGUGGAAACGAUGAAAAGAGGUGAUAUACAAAUGACAUCAGGUGGAACCGGUAUUGCACAUUCAGAAUAUAAUGACCAUCAAAACAUCCAAACUCAUUUCUUACAAAUAUGGGCUUUACCAAAUAAGAGAGGAUUAAAACCUACUUAUUAUACUAGACAUUUCACGGAUCAAGAUAAACAGGAUAAGUUGGCUCAUGUAGUAGCUCCGGUAGGGUAUCAAGGUGUUACCACCGAAAGGGAAAGUAAGGGUUUAACACCUAUAAACUCCCCAGUUCAUUUCUUCGCCACACUUUUAUCACCAACGAAAUCUUUGACUCAUACAUUAUUAUCAUCCCUUAAUGGUAGACAAGGCAAAUUAUUCUACAUCCAAGUCGUUCAAUCAUCAGGUUUUAACACCAAGUCAGCUGCUAAAGACGCACAGAAAACUGCCUUGAUCAAAGUCACAGGAGGGAAAGAGGAGACCACGUUGGGAGAAGGUGAUGGAGUUUUCAUUAUUGGAGGAAAAACUGGUGACGAGAUUACUAUCGAGAAUUUGGGUAAAAAAGCUGGAGAGGUGGUCUUGUUUGAGAUGGAUGAAGAUUAG